AGUCGUCUUUAUCUCUUUCUUUCGGUCCCACAUGCCCGCCUACUAUGCUCUCGGUCCCAACUUCCUUCCGUUUCAAGUCUUCCUGUCCCUACCCAGGUCGGUCAUUGUUAUCUCUUCUGCAUAAAACGGUGGCUUCUUAAGCUCCCUUUCAGUUUGAUUUGAGGCAGAGAAAUGGCGGAGAUAGGAAAGACGGUGCUUGACAAGGGGUGGUUAGCUGCUCGAUCGACUGAGGUUGACCUCACAGGUGUGCAGCUUACUACCAGCGAUCCACCCUCCAUUUCCGAUCCCAAACGCCCUUGGAUGGAAGCAUCGGUUCCCGGAACUGUUUUGGGAACUCUCCUAAAGAACCAACUGAUACCGGAUCCGUUCUAUGGCCUGCAAAAUGAGUCCAUUUUGGAUAUAGCUGAUUCAGGAAGAGAUUACUAUACUUUUUGGUUUUUCACAAGCUUUGAAUGCAAGCUGUCAAACAAUCAACAUGUGGAUCUAAACUUUCGGGCUAUAAACUAUUCGGCUGAAGUAUAUUUGAAUGGACACAAGGAGGUCCUGCCAAAGGGAAUGUUCCGAAGACAUGUAAUCAAUGUUACAGAUAUUCUGCAUCCAGAUGGUCAAAAUCUGCUUGCUGUGAUUGUUUACCCUCCUGAUCAUCCUGGAAGGAUUCCUCAUGAGGGCGGGCAAGGUGGUGAUCAUGAGAUUGGGAAAGAUGUUGCUGCACAAUAUGUUGAAGGAUGGGAUUGGAUGACUCCAAUAAGAGAUAGAAAUACCGGAAUCUGGGAUGAGGUCUCCAUUACAGUAACAGGGCCUGUGAAGAUUGUGGAUCCCCACUUGGUCACUUCAUUCUUUGGUGACUACAAAAAGGGAUAUUUGCAUGCCACAGCCGAGUUAGUUAAUAAAAGUGCUAAGGAAUCCGAGUGUUCUUUAAAUAUCCAAGUGUCUACUGAACAUGAAGGAAAUAUUUGCUUAGUGGAGCACCUUGAGACACUGCAAGUUUCUCUUUCUCCUGGAGCACAUGUUCAAUAUACAUUCCCUCAGCUAUUUUUCUACAAACCAUAUUUAUGGUGGCCUAAUGGCAUGGGUAGGCAGUCUCUAUACAAUGUUGAAAUAACAGUUAACGUGAAUGGCUACGGAGAGUCUGCCACAUGGAGCAGCCAUUUUGGCUUUCGCAGAAUUGAGAGUACCAUAGAUAGUUCUACAGGUGGAAGACUGUUUAAGGUCAAUGGACAACCUAUAUUUAUACGUGGGGGUAAUUGGAUUCUCUCAGAUGGGUUAUUACGGAUUUCGAAGGAAAGAUACAAGGCAGAUAUUAAAUUUCAUGCUGAUAUGAACUUCAACAUGAUCCGUUGCUGGGGUGGGGGCUUGGCUGAAAGACCUGAUUUUUAUUACUACUGUGAUUUAUAUGGCUUGCUGGUAUGGCAAGAAUUCUGGAUUACCGGAGACUGUGAUGGACGAGGUGAUCCAGUUUCAAAUCCAGAUGGACCAUUGGACCAUGACUUGUUCUUGCUUUGUGCAAGGGAUACCGUCAAGCUGUUGAGGAACCACCCAAGUCUUGCUUUGUGGGUUGGGGGAAAUGAACAAGUUCCACCAUCUGAUAUUAAUGAAGCUUUGAAGAAUGACCUACAACUCCACCCGUAUUUCAUGAAUUCCUGUGGUGUUGACAACACAUCAAAAGCUGGUAUGCCUGUGAUGAAGGACCCAAGUGAAUAUCUUGAUGGCACUCGUGUUUAUGUACAGGGAUCCAUGUGGGAUGGAUUUGCUGACGGGAAAGGGAACUUUAGUGACGGUCCUUACGAAAUCCAGAAUCCUGAAGACUUCUUCAAAAAUGAUUAUUAUGCUUAUGGGUUCAACCCUGAGGUGGGCUCCGUUGGGAUGCCAGUGGCAGCUACUAUCAGAGCGACGAUGCCUCCAGAAGGGUGGCAGAUUCCUUUGUUUAGAAAACUAUCAGAUGGAUAUGUGGAGGAAGUCCCAAACCCAAUUUGGGAGUACCACAAAUAUAUUCCAUAUUCUAAUCCAAAAAAGAUGGUCCAUGACCAGAUUUUAAUGUAUGGAACACCAAAUGAUCUUGAUGACUUUUGUCUGAAGGCACAAUUAGUGAACUAUGUUCAAUACAGAUCUCUGCUUGAAGGAUGGACCUCCCAAAUGUGGACCAAAUAUACAGGCGUUUUGAUAUGGAAAACCCAAAAUCCAUGGACAGGCCUAAGAGGUCAGUUCUAUGAUCAUCUCCACGAUCAAACAGCAGGGUUUUAUGGUUGUCGCUGUGCUGCAGAACCAGUUCAUGUUCAGCUAAAUCUUGACACAUACUUUAUAGAAGUGGUAAACACUACCUCUGAGCAGCUCUCUGAAGUUGCUAUCGAAGUAUCUGUGUGGGAUCUCGAAGGAGAAUGCCCAUACUACAAAGACUCUGAAAAGCUCAAUGUGCCUCCCAAAAAAACAAUGCCCACAUUUGAGAUGGAAUACCCAAAGCAGGAGAAUGCAAAACGAGUUUAUUUUCUUCUUCUCAAGCUCUACAGUGUUUCAGAUCAAGUCAUAUUGUCCCGCAACUUUUACUGGUUGCAUCUCUCUGGUGGUGAUUAUAAGCCCCUGGAAUCUUUCAGGGAGAAGAAAGUACCGCUGAAAAUUACUUCUCUAACUUUAAUUAACGGUUCCAGCUAUGAAAUGCAGUUGGUUGUUGAGAACACAUCAAAGAAGUCGGGUUCCAAAACCCCAUGUCAUGAAAACAGCUUUGUCACAAUAAAUAAUGGGAGUAAUGAUGCAUUUUUGGAGCCAGCUGAUUAUUAUUGUCUCACAAGAGGGAAAAGUGAGAUUAGUUUUUAUCAAAAGCUGUGGAGUAUGGUAGGGAAACAGAGCAAUGUCAAGAUUUCAGAAACUAACGGAACUACUGAGGCAGGGGUUGCUUUCUUCCUCCAUUUCUCAGUUAAUAACUCUUCAAAGAAGAUUGCCAAGAAUGAGGACACGCGCAUUCUACCUGUUCAUUACUCGGACAACUAUUUCUCACUUGUACCAGGUGAAGUGAUGAAAGUUACACUCUCCUUUGAAGUUCCUCCUGGAGUAACCCCACAGGUUACACUCCGUGGCUGGAACAGUGAGGUCAUGCAUAUAGUUUAUUGAAUCCACCGACUGGCGACUGCCCAGGUAAGUUUUUGUUAUCGGCAACUGCUCUUAUAUUCAUGGUUUAUAGCUGUGAAUAUCUUCACAAUUGUGGAAGCAUGUUCAGUUGAAGUGAGGUAUGUGUAAAUUACAGCAUCUGUAAUAAGGCUGCCGCAAAGCAGUUGAGGCUAAUAAGAAUCCGAAAUGCAGAACAAAGAAAAAAGCUGUUGUGAAUCUGAAGUUUGUUAAUAAAAACUUCAUGUUUUUGGAGAAACUUCAU